AUGACCUUCGCGUGCUUUUAUGCUAUUUACUGUCCCGGAGCUUAUGAUCUGUAUCUAGUUGAUGAGGAUAGUAUUCGUUGGGCUAGUACUGCACACUGCCUCGUUCCUACUGGAAUAGAAAGACCAGAACCGACCUUUUGUUCAGAGGUAACCUAUCUACAGAUGUGGGGGUUGGUUAUAAGAGCUCAAGUGGAAAAUUCAAAUGGUUUGGAUGGAGAGGAUAGAUACGCCGGCCCAGCCUUUCCGUGGCAUCCGGACUGCCACAUGAUAUUGAGCCUUGCACUCACGGGACUGGGCGCGCAUAAGAUUGACCUGGAGCUCCUGUAUCACACGAUGGUAGAAAUGAUCCGGGCCGACGGCAAAGCGCUAGAUUUGGACUACGGCGUCGAUGUGAUCCGCGAACAAGAGGACUACUGGAAAUGUAUUCCCGGCGCAGAGUAUUGCGUCACGCAGUCAGCGAUCAACUCCAAGCUCGUUGGCUAUAUCGAAGACGUGGCGAGUUAUUGCGAAUUUGACUGUCCGUUCCCCAACCCCAACCGUCAAACACGGGUCCGUCACGAUCCAUUCAGUAGACUCCCUGUGAAGAUAGUCCACAGUAUAUGCUCCUAUCUCUCGGGCGAUUCGAUGAAGGCUCUUCUGCAAGCGUCUUUUGAAGUCUCUGUUGCCACGCACUAUAAUUCCUUUUGGAAACUCUUCAUCAAGUCUGACAUGCCGUGGUUCUGGGAGGUCCAUAGGCUUGUAAAAUACAACAAACUACCCGGAUAUCUGAACUAUAAAGGAUUCUACCUUUGGCUGGAUCAUGUGUCAACUCCGAAAUUUGGCAAGGCCGACAAUUUCCUGGGUGUCGCGAAUCGCAGGAGGAUCUGGGGGCUAUGUCAAGAGGUGAAAAUAAAAUACGACAGAGCUUGGACUCAUUCUUCGAGGCUUAAAAUCCUGACAUGCAAACUACCUGAAGAACUUGCCACAGUCUAG